AUGGACCGGUUGUUGGUGGUUCUACUUGCAUUGAUGGGGAUCGCGGUGUUCACCUUACCAUCAAACACUAACGCCUACGAACUGACACUGGAGGGUGAACUGGAACUCGGUAUUAAGGAUUGGUCGUGCAAAUCGUACUGCAACAACUGCAACUGUACGGCCGAGUUCGUCGGUGAGCAAAACAAGUGUCUCUGUUACUGUCCCAAUCCCGAAAAAAAACCCAAAUGCUUCCAGUUUGUGCGUGAGACCAACAACAUCCUUGGCAUCGAGUACGACCUCGAGGUGGUGGAUACUGGCGCUGCCAAAACCGUCAUCGUACAGCGCUCCAAAAGGCAGGCCGAAAAAAAACCAUUGAAAGAACGGAUGAAUGAAAAACGGCGGGAGCGUAAGGAACGAAGAAUGAACCGCAAGAACCGCCUGCGAAAUAAGGUACAAGAUCCUCCGAAGGAAUAA